UGUUAGUGGCAUGCACUCAUUUUGAUAUAGCACCACGAGCAAGGCUGCACCAAGAUAUUUGCAGCAAUAUGAAAAACAGAUGGACCUACACGUUAGCAGCACUCGGAGUGCUUCUUUUAGAAUCAUUCACUCAAGUCCAGUCUCAAGGUCUCAUGGGAGGAUUCAAAGGUCACAAUCGUGGAACGGGAGCUGUGGAGCUAUUGUUGGCGACAGGAAUACUCGCCAAACUUCUGAAUUUCCGUAACAAGCACGGAGCCCAUAUGGGACGGCAUUUGCUGCAUGCACUAAUUGGCCCCAGAUAUCCAGCAUCACAUCUUAGAUAUCCUCUUGAUAUGCCACAAGUUGGAGCACAUCCUUUGCUACAGGAUGAUUUACUGGAGCAACAUGCAUCCAUGUCGUCACUGUCCUUAAACGAUGCAGAUUUGAUGUUGAAUCAAGAAAGUGCUUUGUUGGCCUCAAGGGCACCCUUACUGAUGAGCCCUUCAAUGUUAUCGGAAAGCAGUUUCUUGGCAGAAGCUCAGCUUGGGCAACAACUUUUAGCAGCCAGGAAAGCUAGGAAGAUACUGGAAGCCAAGAAGUUGCUCGCAGCUCAAGAAGCCAGCUCAUUACUUGCUGCCCAAAGUGAAGCUGCUCAUUAUUUAGCAAAUCAUGACGGGUUUCACACGCAUGGUUUCUUAGCAGAUCAAUCAAAACAGGUAUAUACAGCACUACCAGCACCAAAGCAAAUACCUCAACGAACCCCUAAUUUAGGGCAAGCAGUUGGAUUCCCUAAUUUAGGAAGCAGUAACUCAGGUCAUGGACAAAAUGGCUUUGUAGGAUCUAAUGUUCCCCCUCAAUAUCAAGGAAUACAAGGACAACAAAAUUCUGGACACCAAAAUUCUUACCAUGGAAAUCCUGGACCGCAAAUAAAUUUCAACCAAGGAAAUCCUGGACACCAAAUAAAUUUCAACCAAGGAAAUCCAGGUCUUCAAGGCAAUUUCCAGGGCAACUCUGCACCUCAAAAUAAUUAUCAUGGCAAUUCUAUACCUCAGGGUAAUUAUCAGGGCAAUAUUGGCUCUCAAGAUUUCCAGCCAGCUUCCUCAGAUAAUGGGAUGAUGAGCUCUGCAUCGUCCAGUCAUUACCAUUCAGUCCCUUUCAGGCAACCAAAUAACUAUGGGUCUCAAGGAAAUUUCCGUGGUAAUUCAGGUCAAAGAAUGAACAAUUUCAUGACUCCAGAAGAAGCUCGUCAUCUUCAGUCUACUGUUGCCAGAGCUGAUGACGUCUUAACGUUGCCUCCUGGGUUUGAUGACGAAGAUGCUGCUCAAAUCAUCGCUGGUUUACAGUAAAGGUCGCUGGCGACCGAUUAGUACAAACUUUUUCAUUAAAUAAAAUAUAUUAUAUAAUGUUCAUCAUUACCAAGAUACAAAGAAGAUGCAUGCAGGUUUUUGCAUUAAAUAUCUUGAAAAUAAAUAGUCGUUAAAGUAAAAAUAAUCAGCAAAUAUCACUUCAUGGAAUUUU